ACUCGAUGCCAUGUUGAAGGCCAUCAAGAACUGUGAGAUGCCUAAGGAGACCUGGACAAGUUAUGACAUCAGGGUUCUUUACAAAGCAAAUAGCUUUAGUGAGGCAAGGUUGAAACUUCGCCGGGCAGAAGAUGACACAGACCUCCAGUCAGAAGCAGAGGAGGGGAGGCCAGAAAAAAGAAAAACCAGACCAAACCAGCGCUUCCUCUCGAGUCAGGAGGAGUCUGAUGAGGAGCCUGUGAAGCACAAACCAGUCCUCCCUAAGGUGCCCUCCAUUCCACCUCUGCCGUCACUGUUGCGUGACGCCAUUUCCUCAUCAAAUGAAUCUCCUCCAGCUAGUCAACUUGCCUCGCUGCAGCCGUUUCGCGCCCUUGGACCUCCUGAGCCAUCCUACCAUCUUGCCCCUCAAUCGCCUCGCCACCAUGUAACUCCUGAGCCAUCCUGCCAUCUUGCCCCUCAAUCGCCUCGCCACCAUGUAACUCCUGAGCCAUCCUGCCAUCUUGCCCCUCAAUCGCCUCGCCACCAUGUAACUCCUGAGCCAUCCUGCCAUCUUGCCCCUCAAUCGCCUCGCCACCAUGUAACUCCUGAGCCAUCCUGCCAUCUUGCCUCUCAGCGAUCUCGCCACCAUGUAACUCCUGAGCCAUUACAUCUUUCCCCUCAAUCGUCUUGCCACCAUGUAACUCCUGAGCCAUCCUACCAUCUUGCCUCUCAGCCGUCUCGCCACCAUGUAACUCCUGAGCCAUUACAUCUUGCCCCUCAUGCUGCUUCUGACAUGGACCUGCACUCUGCAUUACUACGAGAGAUCAUUGCCAAACAGGAGGUGAUGUGUGAUAUGCAAAGAAAUCUGCUGCGCAUUGUUCAGGAUCUCUCUUCUACUUCUACACCUACACCACAUGGACACCACAUGGAUGGAAGUUUCCUGCCGUUGAGGGAUGCUGAGGCUCUUUUGGCGCUGGACCGUGAAAUUAAGACCGAGCCAGAGAAGAGAAAGGACUUGGUGCUGACACUGGGCCUGGCUGGGGGUGUGACCCUCAAGGACACUGUGUGGAGGGUCAUGAAGAUGCUGCUUCAGAAUGACUUGGCCUGCAAAAUUAAUUGGACAGGCCUCCAUGGCAAAACAUCAUUCCGGGGCCUAGAAGUCAAAAAUGUUGUUACAGAAGCCAUUCGGAGAAAUCCUGGAUGUAGAGAAUCCACGAACCAGGAGGUGGAGCAAUGGUUGAGGCGUUGGUUGUAUUUGGCUGGCGAUCGAGAGGGGGGUAGGAGGAGGAGAAGCACAGUCCUCCACCACCAGCCACCCACCAACACAUAACACACAUAAGACACCAACAGACACACACUAACACACCAACAGACACACACUAACACACAAACUCUAACACACUAACACACACACAUACAUAACACACACACAAACUCUAACACACUAACACUGACACACUAACACACACAUACA